AUGAACGAGAAACCCCAACGCCAGCCACCCCCGGCCCGGCAAUCUUCACAACAACCGUCACAACCCCUCAAAACGGAGAGUAAACCAACCAUCCUCCCUCCAACCUACACGCAAACCACGUCCCCAGAAUCCUUCCCCAACCCUGCCCACGGCAACCUCACCUGGCAUACGCUCAUCUCGCGCCCGCAAACAUGCUCCUCCGACCUCUCUGCCGGCAUCGCAGUGUGCCCCCCGCGCACAGGACGUCUCUGUCCACACCGACACGCGCAGGCGGAGAUCUACUAUAUCCUGGCGGGAGAGGGCGAGGUCUCGAUUGAUGGGGUUGUGGGGCGGGUGCAGGCGGGGAGUACGGUGUUUAUUCCAAGCGAUGCGCAGCAUGGCAUUGUCAACGUGGGCGAGGGGGAGUUGAGGUGGUUUUAUGUUUUUCCGACAGGGAGUUUUGGGGAUGUUAUUUAUCGAUUUGCGGAGGAUCGAGCGAAGCUCUAG